AUGGCGUCUGAAGAUUCGCCCAUUCCCAUUGACCAAAACUACGUCGAUGGAAUUGACGACGAUGAUGACUAUAGCUUCUCUUCCGGUCAGACGAUAGCUACAAGCGUCACAGCAUAUCGUUACGAACAUGGCCGGAGAUACCAUGCCUUCCGGGAUGGCGCAUAUUACAUGCCCAAUGACGAGCAGCAUCAGGAUGGAGAAGCGAUUUGCCACCACAUGUACAUUGUAACAUUCGAUGAUAAGCUCCAUCUUGCACCCUUGGACAAUCCGCAGCGAGUUCUUGACGUCGGGACCGGUACGGGAACUUGGGCAAUCGAUAUGGGCGAUCGCUACCCUGGAGCGGAUGUGCUUGGAAUCGACCUGUCGCCUGUCCAGCCUCGGCAACUUCCAUUCAAUGUCCGCUUCGAAGUCGACGACUGUACGAGUGAAUGGACUUAUCCUGUCGAUCACUUUGACUUCAUCCACAUGCGGGGACUCAAUGGCGGUGUUUCCGACUGGCCAACGCUGUAUAACUCUUGUCUCAACCACUUGGAGCCUGGGGGCUGGCUUGAACAUGUCGAGUUCAGCACUUUCAUCUACCCGGCAGAGCCACGAGAGCAGCAUGAUCCGGCUAUCAAGGAGAUUCUUGGGAUUCUCCCUGAACUUCAACAGGUGUGGGGUAAGUCUUUGAACCAAGAGAAGGAGAUGCGCGAUCAGAUCAAGGAAGCCGGCUUCGUGGAAGUUCAAGAGCGCAUCUUCAAAUGGCCUCUUGGGCCGUGGAGUAGCGACCCCAAACUCAAAGACCUCGGACGAUGGAACCUAUUAAGCUGGGCUGUCAGUUUCGAGGGGUGGGUCCAGGCGUUGGUUACGAGGUUCCUUGGAUGGCCACCCGACCGCGUCACACAGCUUCAGAAAGAUAUUGAGCGGGCGCUGAAAGAUAGGAAGAAUCAAUAUUACCAGGAAGUGCGUGUUGUAAUGGGGAAGAAACCGGCUGCUUGA